CCUGGGCUGGAAUAAAAGCAGCAGCUGAGGCUAGCAGCCACGGAGUGAGCAUUGUGGCUCUGGCGUAGGGGGGACCAUGGAGAUCUUCAGCAUUCAGCAGUUGGUAAGUGACGAACGACAUGAGGGGAAAGUGCGAGGUUUUGAGGCGCUGGCCAGAGGUGCAGCCUGGGAGCCUGGGAGCUGCCGAACAGGCCCGGCUAGCGUAAGGGAAACAGUCAGCAAGGAGAGACAGAAGGCAGAAGAUGAGAAGAAGAAAAAGCUUGAGACACUCAACAAUUCCAGACUGAAGCUGGACAGCCUGCAGGACUUGGAGGCCAUCGUCAAGCUUCGCAAGAAUAAGAAGAGGUUGAAGAAAGUGGUCCGCCCCAAAGAACGGGAGCCAGAAGUGAUAACAGAGCCUGUGGAUCCAGGGCAGUUUCUUCAAGCGGUGCUGGAAAACCUGGUUCCUGUGAUUGACAAAUACCUGGCAGAUGGAGGGGACCCCAAUGCUCAUGACAAGUUUAGAUGUACAGCCCUGCACCGGGCCUGCCUGCGCGGCCAUGCAGAGAUCGUAGACAAGCUGCUGGAAGCUGGGGCCAAACUGGAGCCAAGAGACAUGCUGGAUGCAACCCCCGUGUUCUGGGCCUGUCGUGGGGGACACCUGGAGAUCCUCAAGUGCUUGAUCAACAGGGGAGCCAAGAUCUCCACACGGGACAAGCUGUGGAGCACCCCACUGCAUGUGGCCGUCCGGACGGGGCACUGCGAUUGCGCCGAACAUCUCAUUGCCUGCGGGGCAAAUAUCAAUGCACAAGACAAGGAAGGCGACACGCCCAUUCACGACGCAGUCAGGCUGGGGCGCUUCAAGGCAGUGAAGAUGCUGCUGAUGUACGGCGCAAACCUUGGCGUGCAGAACGAGGAGGCAGUGACUCCAGUGGACCUGGUGAAAGACUGGCAGACGGGCAUCCGGGAAACGCUGCAAGCAUGUGCCGACCGGCAGCGAGGCUCCCCCAGGAGCUGCUGAGACUGAGUGGAGGGUCGGGGGGGCAUUGGCUCUGUGAGCCUACCUUCCUCCUCCCUCCACCAGCUUGUGACCAACUUGCCAUCCUUGCCCUUGGCAUGGAGCUUGGGCAGACCUGCCCUCCCUUUCCGAUUCUGGUGCCAGUAAGGUAUAGGGUCCUUUUUUGGCACCCUCAGGCUGAGGCAGAAGAGGAAGGAGGUCCUCAGGACCCUCUUCUUUGUCCCAAAAGACCUUGAAGGAGAGUAUCCAGCUCCUCGGAAUGGGCCAGGAGAGCAGUGCUGGGCGCCCCCCUCUGCUCUUCUUAGUGGAGCCUCCAGAUGUACAGAUGAUUGUACCAGGGGAAACUAAGGCACAAGAGAGAUUCAUGCAGGAAGGUUGAUGCAGAUCGAUUUCAGGAAAGUCCACAGUAGCUCUGUUAUUGCAAGCAGGAGCUGAUGGGAAUUUUGUACCCGUUUUAAAAUGUCUCUACUAGGGAUAGGGUACCCUAACGUGUAGGCUACAGGGCUAGGGGCCCCAAGACUUUGCUGCCUGAGUCACAGGGCAGGAUAGCAACACCAGCCCCUUCCACUUCCAGAAUGGCAGCAGGCUCUUACUUCAACGCUGGUCAUGGGAUGGUGUCCUCCUCUGUGCUUGAAGGCAGCAGACUACCGUGGCUUAGGGGGCACAGGCCAGGCCCCGUGGCAGACACAGCGCUCCUGCCAAGCCCUCACUGCUGCUUGCUCGCUGCUCCGCCUGGUGCCGCCUGCUCAAAGGCUGCAAGAAAGCAGCGGCAGGGAAGCAGAGCAAUGCAGGGCCUGCACCUGCACCCUGCCUGCCAGAGUGCGCAGCUGGGGCAGCUGCCUCUCUGCCUGCUUGCUCCGUCUGGGGUGUUGGGAGAAGACUAGGCAAGCCACCAACAUGGAAGCAUUGUUGCAGGAAGCUCAGGAGGAAUGGCUGGGGAGAGGGCUGUCACUUUCAUAACCCUCCAUCUCAUACACACACACACACACACAUAUUGGCCACUUGACAAAGCUUCCUUGCUAUCUCAUGGUAGGGCUGGCCCCGCCUGAGGGACAGAGAAAUUGUGAUGGCUGACCUCACCAAGUCUCUUCCACCCCUUACAGAUCUGCAGGGGAUGCGCGUCCUUUGCCUUGGAGGAAAGGGUAGGACUUCUCUGCCUUUCAGAGAUCCCUGAGGCAGCCUCUGUGCUGUCUCUCCCCCUCCUGUUCAAAGGCCAGAAUGUCAGCCUAUAGCCUUCCCUGCUUUGAUGGUUGAGGACUGGAAGAAGUCCCUAGCAGAUUGGGGAGGCACGCCCAAGGCACUCAGGCCACAAAGGAUUAUAAGCCAAAGUCCUGUAGGCCUCUGGAAGACCCUGUCUUACGGGUGCAGGAACAAGGAUCCUCUCGCUGCUGCCUUGAUUUCCCGUUGUGACACAUGAGGUAUGCUCACGUGCUCUUUCCAGGCACCCGAUCCGGUGCCUUUUCCCUUGGAAGAGUCCCUCUCACGGGGGCAGGGGCGAGGGCAGCUUUGCACAUACGAAUAGCAGCAUAGCCUCUUCGCCCUCAGUCUUGCUGGUGCCAGCAGCUGCUUCCUUGUUGCCAUUCCCCACUUUUGCUGUGGGGCCAGGCGCCUGUGUGCAUGGCCGUCUCAUUCCUUGCCUGCUGGAGAAGCGAGAGCUUGGCGCUGCUGGCUCAGGCCGAGAUCCCCAGCCAACACCUGAUCCUCAAAGGAUAAGUUUCUCUGAUGCAGAAUGGGCAUACAAGUGUGGCAAGUUGCACACCGCUGGCUAGCUGCCCUCUGCAUCGUCCUGCUACCCGGCAUUUCAUGGUUUUGUUUCUGGAAUGUGCAGAGCACUGACUCUGCUAACUACCUUCUCCCGUGGAACUGGGUUUCACAGACUGUAAACCUGACAUACCUAUUAAUGUAUUUGCAAGGUAAACCACAGCAAAAGAGCCCCAGAGCCAGGCUGGGCAUUGACCCUCAGUGUCUGGUGACAAUGACGGUGGCCUGCCUUGACCUUUCUGUCUGGUACGUGGGUCAGACUGGACUCUGGAGUAUGAACCUUUUUUAAAAAAAAGUCUACACCCCUUCCACUCUCGAGAGAAAAGAGCAAUUUGGACCGGAGGAAAUUAUUUGAACUGAUCUUUGCAAACUGAUGUAAGGUCUCAACUCCUCUUCAAGUUGAUCUUGAGUCCAAGUGCAUCACCGACUAUGUUAUAGUCUCUACUUUGUUUUAUAAGCAUCUGACAAAUUUAAGCAGCACUUUGCCAUGCUGGAUGGGCUCGUUGAGCCAAGUGGCCCCCUUGCUCUGUGUAAGACAGCCCCCCUCUCCCAGUGUUGGGUGUUUCAAAUGAUGCCCUACUUAUGGGGCUGCACGGGGCUAAUUGUGGAUGGCUAAACCCUCUGUUACUCAACAGAGUAAUUGUUUUUUGGCAAUGCUGAGCUGAUGUGAUUGCUCUUUGAUAAAUAAUAAAUUAAUUUGAAGCUGUUGUGAAGAA